AUGAUCAUCAAAGAAAUUGGCCGAGGCGUACAUGGAAAAGUCAAAUUAGCAGAAGACCUUGAUACAGGAGAACUUGUUGCUAUUAAAAUAGUAGAUAAACAAUCACGACGAAGACAACUGGGAUACAGUAUCUUAAGGGCCAAAAAUUAUCACCGUCAACAAUACCAUGAAGCUUUAGACGAAUACAAUGAAAGUGAACAAAAGAUCAGACGAGAGAUUGCUAUAUUAAAAAAAUGUAUACAUCCACAUGUUGUUCGGUUACGUGAAGUCAUAGACGAUCCGGCCAGUCGAAAGAUUUAUUUAGCAUUAGAAUACAUGGAAGGCGGUGAAAUUCUCUGGAGAGAUGAGCAAAACCAUAGACCUGUGCUAUCAAUGGACCAAGCGCGCAGUAUAUUUCGAGAUGUAGUGAGUGGAUUAGACUAUCUGCAUUAUCAAGGCAUCAUUCAUCGUGAUAUCAAACCUGCCAACUUGUUACUUACACACGACCAUAUUGUUAAGAUAUCUGAUUUUGGUGUGUCUUAUUUCAAUCAACAUUUAGCUGGCAUUCAUUCACAGUAUGAUGAUGAAAUUGAUCGAGAAUUAGCAGAAACAGCAGGUACGCCUGCAUUCUUUGCUCCUGAACUCUGUAGUUCAGUCGAGAAUUAUACCACGCAGGAUAAUCGACACAUCACAAAGGCGAUUGACGUCUGGGCACUCGGUGUCACCUUGUACUGUCUAGUGUAUGGUCGGUGUCCAUUUACGGCUGCUACAGAAUUCGAAUUGUUUGAUAUUAUACCAACAGCACCUCUUGUAUUCCCUACACCUGAAGAGAUUGGAUUCCAAACACCAGAGACGCUCAAGGACUUAUUUGAAAGGUUAUUAGCUAAACAACCUGAGAAUCGAAUCACACUUGAACAAAUCAAACAUCAUCCAUGGGUUGUUGAGGACUUACAGGACCCCACGGUUUGGUGGAAAGAAGCAGAUCCUACGCUUUACAAAGCCGUUGAAGUCACGGAUGAAGAAGUAUCUCAGGCCGUGACGAUCAUGGACCGUUUACGAAAAAGCAUCAGGCGUAUUUCUUCCUCUCUGAUUAGCCUAACUCAUCAUUUUUCACGUCAUCAUUCAAAACCCGUGGUUUCAGUUUCUACAUCAUUGCAUCCUUUAGAUGAAGAACAAGAGAAACCUACUUGGCCUUUUCAAAUGGAUCGAAAUGACUCUUCGACGUCUUCUUUAUCUGGCCUUGUUGUUAAUUUCAGUCGUUCAAAUAAUAAUAAAUAG